AUGUCGAACCUCUACAACCUCGAGCCGCAACCAACAGCCAAAGUCGUCCUCCAAACGACCACCGGCGACCUCACCCUCGAACUCUUCGCCAAACAAACCCCCCUCGCCUCGCGCAAUUUCCUCCAACACUGCCUCGACGGCUACUACACCAACACCAUCUUCCACCGCCUGGUCCCCAACUUCAUCAUCCAAGGCGGCGAUCCCACUGCUACAGGCACCGGCGGCGUCAGCGCCCUCAGCGAAGAUGGCGCGCCCUUCCAGGAUGAAUUCCACUCACGGCUCAAGUUCAACCGAAGAGGACUAUUGGGGAUGGCUAAUGAUGGAACGAAGGAUAACAAUGGGAGUCAGUUCUUCCUUACCCUGGGGGCGACGCCGGAGUUGCAGGGGAAGCACACGAUGUUUGGGAGGAUAGAAGGGGAUACGAUCUACAAUUUGAUGAAAAUGGCGGAGGCGGAGAUGACGGAGGAGGAGGGCAGUGAGAGGCCGUUGUAUCCGACGAAAGUCACGGGGGCGGAGGUGCUGGUGAAUCCGUUCGAGGAUAUGGUUGCCAGGGUGCGGGAGGCGCCCCGGACGAAGGGGGAGGAGGGAAGUGGGAAGGGAGUGAAAAAGAGGAAGAAGCCUGCUGGGAAGAAUGUGUUGAGUUUUGGUGGGGAUGAGGGAAAGGAUGGAGAGGCUGUGGCGCCGGUGUUGAAGAAGGCGAAGGCGAAUCCGAAGAUGGUGUCUGCCGGUGUUGAGGAGCCGGAGAGCAUGAACAACACUGCGUUGCCAAAGGCACCGAAGGAGAAGGUUUCGAAGAGGAAGUCAACAUCGCCAUCUCCGCCACCUGCGCAAGUCAAGCCAAAUGCCGCACCGGAACCAAGAAGACGCAGAACUCCCUCGCCCUCUACAUCUCCUGAGCCAGAAGCUUCCAAGCAAACCGCAAAACUAGAGCAGACGAACGCAGAAAUCGCCGCCCUCAAAGCCAGCAUGAAACGCAACGUCGACGCCCCGCCCAAAGAAGACCCCAAACCCCUCUCCGCCCUCGAAGCCAUGAUCCCCACCACCAGCACCCGCGGCCGCAAACGCGGCAAAGCCGCCGACGAAAAAGGCGCCAUCGACCUCUUCAAAGCCUUCAAGCAACGCCUCGAAGACCUCCCCCCGGACUCCAACCCCACCCCCACGGACCAACCCACCGCACCAACGAACGGCCACACCAACCCCAACCCCGAACCUACUACGGCAGACGACGAAGAAGCCGACCUCUGCGACCUACACUUCAUCGCCAACUGCCAAUCCUGCCGGAACUGGGACGAGGAGAACAAACCGGACGCCGAAGCCGAGGCGGACGGGGAGGAUGAUGGCGGGUGGAUGGCGCAUUCGCUGACGUUUGCGAAGGAUACGUUAGGCAAGGAUUUGGAGUGGAGGAGGAAGAUGGAGGAGAUUGAGGUUAUUGAUCCGAGGGAGAAGGCGAGGGGGAUUAGGGAGGAGGGGAGGAGGGGGAAGGAUGGUGGGAAGGGAAAGGAGAGGGAGAAGGGGAAGGGGAGGGCAGCGCGCGAGAAAUUCGUCGGCUCCUCCGAGGAAGUCCCAAGCACCGCGGCUGCUCGAUUCGAGAAGGUGACUCUCACAUUCUUCUUCCGGAAGAGCGAAAGAAAAUCUCGACGGGCGAGUCGUGAUGGCAAGCAACCUUCUCCGGCGCUCAAAGCCCACAGUCCUCGCCCGGGCACUCUUACGAACGAUCGAUGGACACCAUGGUGCCUCGAGAAGUCAUUCGACAAGGCUUGCAAAGCGGACAAGCGAUUAAAGAUGGAGCUCUUGUCGUGGGCGCGGAAGCAUUGCGGCCUGCGCCUUGUCAUCACGAAGGACACUUGGUUGCCGUCCAACGUCAAAUGGGACAAGAUACCAAAGAUCGAGCUCUUCAUCCACCACAUCGACCGCUCCUGCGACUGGGACAUGCUCCUGCGGAUAACGAUCUGUGAGCUCGCCAAAGAAUUCGAACACUUCCCCCAACUCCAGCAUCUGAUGAUCAGAUUCGGCGACCUGCCAUGCGAGAUAGCAGAUACUCCCAGCAGUUCGCCCACGACGUUCCAGCGCACUACGUCGGGGAAGUUCGAUCGGAAGUGGUUCUGGACGGAGUUCGUGGAGCACGCGUAUAUCAUGGAGGACAUCCUUGAAGGGCUGGCUGUUCUUCCGCCGGCCAGGACGCUGAGCUCUCGAAUCCGGAAGCGAGGAUGGGAUAUGAGAGAGAAGCGACUUUGGGGAUCUGCGGGAGGGUUCGGGGAAGACGAGGGGUGA